AUGUAUCUGCAUUUGACAUCUUGUGCCUGGUUUUAUAUAAUUAACAUUGAGUAGACAUGGCUUCCUCCAGCUGAUUACUAAUAUGAUGAAACUUAAUUUUAUCAGAAGAGUGUUGGAUUCCAGUAUUGGCUGAGUUUCUAUACCAGUGCUUAAUAUCUCACUAGCAAUGAUCAAAGUCCUCACAGCAACACUGAGAUUGUAUAUGGCAGUUUGGUAUGUAUUGGUGGAGCCCUUCUUAGUGCUAAUUUAUUUGGAUAAUUGUCAGUGAUUGUAUCUAAUUUGGACUAAAAAACAAAUGAAUUUCAAAAAAAGAUAGACUAAUCAAAUACCGCAAUGAAGAACAUAAAAUUGCCAAAGGACAUUCAAGAUUAGGUUAUAAAUUUUAUAAAAACGACUUAGAGUUCUCUUGAUUAACAGAAGGAGCUUGAUAUAUUCUUAUCAAUGGUUUCCCCUAGUUUAAGAAAAGAAGUCAUGAAAUUUAUAUUCGAUAUUAUACUUAAGAAAAAUGACCUUUUCAAAAACCUCUCAAAGUAACUUAGUUAACAUUAUAUUUAUAGUAAUCGACUAGAGAUAAGAGUAAACAAAAUAGUCUAGAAGCUGCAUACCUUACUAUUCACCCCUGAAGACUAAAUAAUUGUUCAGGGAGAUGAAUCUUAAUUUUUAUUUUUCUUGUCAACAGGUUCAGUCUAAGUAUCGGAAUUAGGUUUGAUAUUCAAAUGCUAAAGAACAGCAUCUGUUAGGAGUACUAACUACUGUGUCAUUGAAACAUUAGAGGAAGAAGAUUUUUAGAAUAAUAGACCUAUGACUGAGCUGAUAUUUCAUGUCAAACAAAAAUUCUUUUAAAAAGAUUCAAUUAUCAUGAAGCAGGGAGAAAUAGUCGAAAAUAUCUUCAUUAUCAUAGAUGGUGAUGUAGCGGUGAAUAUAAGUUCUGGUUAAUAAACAUCAGUACUGGAGACUCUCUAUAAGUUCUGUUCAUUUGGAAGUUAUACUUGUUUAAUGUAAGAAGAUAUUAGGUACAGUACUUGCUAAAUGUCAGCUCUUACUGACUGUACAAUGCUAUACUUGCCUAUUGCAACAUUUUUCAAUCUAAGAAAUGUGUACAAAUAAAUUGACAAAAUAAUAUAUGACACUGAGUAGUUUCUUUCAAUUUAUGGUCUUCCAUUUUGUGAUUUCAAACUUUACAGAAGAUCAGCUUUUAAAAACCCAAAGGUGAUUUUCCAAGGAGCAGUUAGGAGAGUUAUUAAGCUUAAUAAUAGGAAUUUAUAAGAUAAGAAGGGAGGGAGUCUUAAGAAUCUACUCAACACCAUGCAGGAAAAAUUAAUUAUGGAGAAGGUUAACUAAGAAAUUUCUAAGUCAAUGAAAAAAAUAUCAUAAAGAUAGCAAAGAGUAAUUGAAACUAAGCUAUUGGGGAAGUUCACUGAGAUACCUAUUUUAAGCGAUAUCGAUUUGAUAAAUAAGAUGAUUUAACAAUAAAAUUAAAGAAUCGCACAAAUUCAAGACUUUCUUAGGAACUAAGUUUUGGAUCAUAUUGAUCGAAAUCCUAACACAUAAAUGAAAAGAAGAUAUGUCAAGAGAAUUCACCUUGACAGUUGA